UUUAGUAGUGCUACCAUUGAUGAGUGAGGAGAAAGAGAGAUGAUUUACUAUUUAGAUGAAAGAGAAAGUUGCCCAGGUUGCAUUAUUAACAAUCUCAAACAAUCCAAUUCUGGCAUUCCCUUCAAACAUUUCUUCUAUGUUUUUCUUCUUGCCCUUAUUACAGCUUUGCCAAUGUCAUCUUUGUUUCCUUUCCUAUAUUUCAUGAUAAAAGAUUUUAAUAUUGCAAAAAGAGAAGAGGAUAUAGGUUACUAUGUUGGUGUUGUGGGAUCUGCAUUCAUGUUUGGAAGAUUUCUUACUUCCAUUAUUUGGGGAAUGAUAGCUGAUGAAUAUGGUCGAAAACCAGUUAUGAUUUUUGGCACAAUUGCAGUGAUAAUUUUCAACACAUUGUUUGGACUUAGUACAAACUUUUGGAUGGCAGUUUCAACAAGGUUUCUCCUUGGAAGUUUGUGUGGAAUACUUGGACCAAUGAGGGCAUAUGUUUCAGAAAUUUGUCAUACAAAAUAUGAAGCCUUGGGAAUGUGUAUAACAAGCACAGCAUGGGGGAUCGGAUUAGUGAUUGGUCCUACUCUUGGAGGUUUCCUUUCCCAGCCUGCAGAGAAGUUCCCAAAUAUAUUUUUUAAAGAGUCUCUAUUUGGUAGGUUCCCAUACUUGUUACCAUGCUUGAUCAUAUCAAUAUUUUCUUUGGUUGUAACAAUUUUCUGUUGUUGGAUGCCGGAAACACUUCACUUUCAUACCAAAAAUGGAUAUGAUCAGAUAGAAAAUUUGGAAGAACUUGAGGAAAUAAGCCCUUCUCCAAAACAAAGUCUUUUUAAGAACUGGCCCCUAAUGUCAUCUAUUAUAGUAUUUAGUGUUUUCCAACUUCAUGACAUGGCUUAUGCAGAGAUUUUUCCAUUAUGGGCUGUGAGUUCCAAAAACCAUGGAGGACUAAGCUAUUCAAGUGAAGAAGUUGGUGAAGUUCUUGCCAUUUCAGGAUUUGUAAUGCUUCUCUUUCAGUUAUUUUUGUACCCAACAAUUGAGAGGACCUUUGGACCUGUACUGUUAUCUAGAGUGGGAGCAGUCAUCAUAAUAGUUGUGUUAUCAUGUUACCCUUUUAUAGCAAAGUUUUCUGGACUCAAACUCACAAUAUUAAUUGAUCUGGCAUCUGUGUUACAUAUUGUAAUAUCAGCAUGUAUUACUACAGGAAUGUUACUACUACAAAACAGAGCUGUGAGUCAAAGCCAAAGAGGGGCUGCAAAUGGCAUAUCCAUGACUGUCAUGUCUCUAUUCAAAGCGGCCGGUCCGGCCGGUGGAGGUGCCUUAUUUUCUUGGGCACAAAAUCAUCAAAAUGAAUCAUUUCUCUCUGGUGAUCAGAUGGUUUUCUUCAUUCUUAACGCAAUCGAGUUUAUAGCACUCAUAAUGACCUUCAAACCUUUUCUAGCCUUCUCUGAUGUAAAUUAAGCAAUUUUAGUUGCACCAAAACUUAACACUUCAUUUAAGCACAGAUAAAAAGACAAAAUCUAAUGAGUAGAGAAUACAGCAUCUCAAAUAACUUAUUAGCUCAAACUUUUACCAACAAAAUUGGCCUAUAUUAAUUACAGCUUCUAAACUAAAUGUCUCAA